AUGCUCUGGACCAACUUCCGUCCCUUCCUCUCCCUUCUCCUUCUCCUUCUCACCCCUUCCCUCUCCCUCGCCGCCGCCCCUACCUCCCCCCCGGUCAGCUACACCAACACCCUCAUCGAGCAGCGCGCCGACCCUCACAUCUCCAAGCACACCGAUGGGUACUACUACUUCACCGCCACCGUGCCCGCCUACGACAGCAUCAUCAUCCGUCGCUCCCCGACCAUCCAAGGCCUCUCCUCCGCGCCCGAAACCACCAUCUGGCGCCGCAAGUCUUCCGGCAUCGGCUCCAACCAAGUCUGGGCUCCCGAGCUGCACUACAUCGACGGAAAAUGGUACAUCUACGUCGCCCUCGGCGUCGCCAACGAAUGGCACAUCCGCGCCUUUGUCCUCGAAGGUAUCGGCGCCAAUCCACAAACAGCAACAUGGACUGAAAAGGGACUGGUGAAUACCGAUUGGGAUACUUUCUCCCUAGACGCACAUCAGUUCCAAGUGAACGGGACUAGAUACCUGGUCUGGGCGCAGCAGGAGCCGUCGAGGACUGAUGAGAAUAGCAGCUUGCUGCUGGCGAAGUUGAUCAACCCCUGGACGAUCCAGCGGCCGGCGACAGUUAUUUCCCGACCACUGCUGGCGUGGGAACGGAUCGGGUAUAAAGUCAACGAAGGCCCGGCUACGCUGCAAAAGAAUGGCAAGAUCUUUUUGACGUAUUCGGCGAGCGCGACGGAUAGUAAUUACUGCAUGGGUCUUUUGACGGCGUCGCUGAACGCGGACUUGCUGAACGCAGCAAGUUGGUCCAAGGCCCAGACUCCCAUUUUUACGAGUAACGCCAAUACCAAGCAAUACGGCCCGGGGCAUAACAGCUUUACUGUCUCCGAGGACGGACAGUCGGAUGUUCUGGUUUUCCAUGACCGGGGGUAUCCGAAUAUUACGGGCGAUCCGUUGAAUGAUCCUAAUCGACGGACGAGGGUGCAGAAGAUUUACUGGAAGGCGGAUGGGACGCCGGAUUUGGGGAUUCCUGUGCCUGAUGGCCCUACGCCCGUUCGGUUGCGCUCGUCGGCUUUGUCUUCGGCUUCGGGACAUGAGGGAUAUAUCAGGUAUUACACCGGUACUUCACCCUCUGGGACAGCUACGCUUGCGGAUCAAUUGUUCAGAAUCGUCACACCCGGCCUUGCAGGAGGAAAUACCGUUAGUCUGGAGUCGGCUAGUAGGCCGGGGGUGUAUCUGAGGAGAUCAGGGACGCAGGUUAGGUUUGAUGUUGGUAGCAGCUCGAGUUCGGCUACCUUCAAGAGCGAGGCAAGUUGGGCCAGGAAGGAGGGGUUGGUGGACGGAAAGGGAGUGUCGUUUGAGGCUGUGGGGGUGACGGGGCAGUAUUUGACGCUGACGGGGACGAGUGGGGGGUUGCUGGUGGCUGGUGUUGGUGGGGAUCAGGGGCAGAGGGGGCAGGCUACUUUUUAUCUGGAGUAG